CGUGUGAGUACUCAUCGCGAUAGGACAGUGCUUAUACGUGUUCUACACGAGAAACCAUACCUGGUUCGCGCUGAAAGACUAUUGAUAACCAUUCCGAUAUUAUAGUAUAGCUUCGUCUGUGCAAAUCAUGCAGAUCUUUUCAAAUCACCCAAUCGGGCUGCUUCCGGUUGAGGAAAACUAUGACCCGGACAAACCGUCGAUCCCGUCGUUCUAUUCCGGUCGGGAUAUCUUCAUCACCGGUGGAACUGGGUUCAUGGGAAAAGUGUUGAUUGAGAAGUUGCUACGAUCGUGUGGCGGUGUUAAUCGGAUCUUCAUUCUGUUGAGAGAAAAGAAGCAGAAAACGAUUCAGGACCGGCUUAAGGAUAUGCAGGAACAACCGCUAUUCGAACUGCUUCGCAAGCAGAACCCGGAAGCUUUGAAGGUAAUGAUCCCGAUCGCAGGAGACGUGGCCUUACCAGGACUCGGCAUGUCCGACGAGGACGUUCAAAUGAUGAGUAAUGUAUCGAUCAUUUUCCACGUGGCUGCCAGCGUUAGAUUCGAUGACCCGCUUCGAGAUGCUAUUAUGAUGAAUACUCGGGGUACUCGUGACGUUAUUCAGUUUUCGCGAUCGUUAAAAAACCUGUGCGUUUUGCUGCACGUGUCCACAACAUAUUCUAAUCCGGAUCGGUACGUGAUUGAUGAACAGAUCUAUCCGCCAUAUGCCGAUUGGCGUGAUACGAUAAAGUUGGCAGAGCAACUGGAUGAGGAAACGUUGGACAUCUUCGCACCCAAAUACAUGGGUUUCCUGCCUAACACGUACGUUUUCACCAAAUCACUGGCCGAGCAGAUCGUCGACGAGUAUAAGCAUGAACUGCCGCUGAUUCUGUUUCGUCCAUCGAUUGUCAUCUCAUCGAUGCGCGAUCCCAUCCCCGGCUGGAUGGACAAUUUUAACGGACCCGUUGGGUUGCUGGUUGGUUCUGGGAUCGGAAUCUGUCGCACGAUGUACUGCGAUCCGAACAACGUUUCCGAUUACACCCCGGUGGACGUGUGCAUCAAGGCCAUGAUAGUGGCCGCUUGGAAAAGGGGAACAGAUGAUAUACAAAGCAAACUCACUGCACCGAAAGACGCGCCAACGCUGCCGGUGUACAAUUGUUGCAUUUCCAACCUGCGUAACUCGACCAUGGGCCAGAUCAUUGAAAUGGGUAAAACCCUGUCGAACGAAAUGCCGCUAGACAAUUGCCUUUGGGCUCCAGGGGGAGGAGUAACCCAGAUUCACAUUCUGAACUUCGUCCGGGUUAUGCUGUACCACAUUCUGCCUGCCAUUCUGAUUGAUGUUCUGCUCAAGAUGACCGGCCAGCGACCAUUCUUGGCCAAGCUACAACGGAAAAUUUACACGGCUAACGUUGCUCUGGAAUAUUUCAUAUUGAACAACUGGGAUUUCAAGAAUAGCAAUUUUAUCCGACUGGCGUCAGAGAUCAAACCGGUGGACAAUAAGGAGUUCUACUAUCGGGAUUUCAUCGAAUUCGACAUAACGCUUUACUUCCGGAAUUGUAUCCUUGGUGCCCGGCGCUACCUGCUGAAGCAGAAAGACGAGGAUAUACCGAAAGCAUUGAAGCAUCUGCGCCGCAUGCAACUCCUGGACAAAAUGUGUCAUCUUUUGAUCUACGCCGGAUUACUGUACCUAAUCUUUAUCAAGUUCGAUAUACUAGGCCUGGUAUUGCACCUAGCAUCUUACAGGACCACCUACACUAUGUUGGAGUUGAAUUGCAAUUCAGUUUCGUGAACAGUUGUUCCUAGAUUUGAUUUAAAUAAAAUUCUACAUUUACCGAGAUAAAAAUCACGAGCACGAACAGCUAUUUCUGAAGGGUGUUUCUCAAACGUAUCAGCAAUAAUCAAUUUUAACGAGUUGGUAGUGUUCUAAACUCGCUGUUUGACUUUGCUUUAA